UCCAAACCAAUGCCGGGCGUCGUUCAUGUGGACGAUGGUGCCACGUGCAAGGCCCGCCGCAUCGGCUUCAAACACGACCCGCCAUCUAUUGUGAUCGAGAUGUACAAUCCCACUCUCGGCAAGCUUCAAAUCCGUCCCAUCGUCCUCGCCAGUCUGCAGCCCGACAGCCCUGUCGACAGAGUGGAGCGAUGCAUCCGCAAACACUUCCCAGGCCACUGCAAGGGCGUUGCUUCGGAGCAACUGACCAGCAACAUCAGGAGGCUGCAGAUGAGCAUGGCGGGCAGACGGCCUGAUGCGGGCAUUAAGCUGCAGCCACUGAAGCCCUCAGCCAAGGAGAAGGAUGACUCCAUCAGCCCCCUGCCCCGCAUCAUCCCUUCUUCGAUCAACAAUCCGUCACCCAUGAUAGCAGCAGAUGACACCGAGGGCGAUUCGAGGCCGCCACUCAGCUGGAUCCAUCCACAGGAGAACGGCAAGCAGGGGGAUGCUGCUGCUCAUGAUUUCAGCCACGUGGACCUGAACAAGGUGAGUGCGGAGGAGCUGGAGCGUGCCAAGGGCAAGAUGGAGGAGUCGUUUCUGAGGAACCAGGUCAAGCCUGGCGACGAUGGCUUCGUAUACGACAGACGGUGAGAGGGACAUGGAAGAAACAAGUCAACAGGCUGAUGGUCGAGUGAGUGGAUGUGCGUUGCUGUGCUGCAGUGUUGACUUCGACAGCCGAGGCGAGCCGCCGCACGACUCAGGGUGGGACAGCGAAUGACAUAGAUGUGGUCAGCAGACAAGACACCAGCCAGAUGUCGACAAGUAGAAGGAAGGGCUGCGGCGGGAUGACUGCUGCAGCUGCCUAGUAGGGGAACGGUUGUGUACAUAAUCGAUCAUGCUGCGCAGCAUGAUGUGACUGACUGUGUUGUUUUGGUGGGCUGACAGACCAACGACCAACACACACAUGCAUUAAAUAAAGUCAAGCAUACGCAUGUUAUUC